GUGGCAAGGCGCAUCGUUAUGAAUUGUCCAUCUGUGCGUGAAAUCAAGGCCAUAUGUGCAUGGGAAAAGCGCAACCAAUCCAAUGAACUUGAGAACUAUUGGAAGAAAAUAAAGGAACGUAUUAGUAAUAUUGGGCCGCUUCCCCGUUUUAUUAUCAGUGAUAGUGCAUAUGAGGAGCGGUGCUCCAGAGUGCAAGAUACAUUGGAUUGUAUUAACGAAUCCAAUAUUUCAGAGUACAAAAAUAUCCUCAGAGGUAAGGGUGAAUGGAAAGAUAAUAGUCCUUCCCAUAAACUAGUAAAAAUAUACCGUGUUGUUCUUAAUAAUGGUUGCGAUGCCCCAAGGAAUAAGUCGAUUACUGUUGCUUUGGGCUUUCAUAUAGUUGCUAAAGUGAUUAAGAUUUUGCACUCCCCUGUUCUGAAUGCACUUUUCACCGACAAGGGCAUGAUCAUUGCCGAGAAAUUUGAAGAGUAUGGAAUUAAUGCUUUUAGA